AUGGGACCUAAGAAUACAGUAAAAGCUACACAGAAAAAGAGAACUAGAAGAGACGCAGAGGAUGGGCACAAAAAAAAUAAGGUAGAGUUGAAAAAAAACCUGGAAAAAGAGGCUGCAUCGGAAGAAGAAGAGGAAGCAAGUGAACAAGACAAUUCGGAUGACGAAUCAUCUGGAGAUGACAAUGAGGACGGCGCUGAAGUAGAAGAAGAUGAAGAUUUCCCAAGAAAAAGGAAAUCGAAGAAAAGUAAGCAUGACGAUGGUUCUGCUGACUUCUCUACUGCCGUCAAUGCUAUUCUGUCAUCGCACUUGAAGGCAUAUGACAGAAAGGACCCUAUUAUGGCCAGAAAUAAAAAAGUGCUGAAACAAACUGAAACAGAAAAGCUAGAAUACAAGGCCAAAAAGGAAAUGCUAGCAGAAAAAAAGAAGCUGUUAGGAAAAGCUAGAAAACGGGAUAUUAUUCCCAUUACGGCGGGAGAAGGAAAAUCUGAAAAUAUCAGAAAAGUACUUGAAAAAGAAACAACGCUUAGAAAGAUUGCCCAGAAGGGUGCCGUGAAAUUAUUCAAUGCCAUUCUAGCCACUCAAGUAAAAACAGAAAAGGAAGUCACUGAGAACUUGAGUGGAAUAAAGAAUAAAGAAGAAAAAAGAGAACUAAUCACUGAAGUUUCUAAAGAAAAGUUUUUGGAUUUGGUUAAAGCCGCCGCAGUAAACGACAAUGAAUAG